GAAAAGUUAUUCAGUUACUUCCCAGACAGCAAAGAAAAUCUUAUCAUUAUUCUUAGCUGCGAAAAUGUGUAAUUCUAGUCGCGAAAAUCGUUUUUAAAUAAUAAAAUUAUAGCUUUAAAAAUGUCGAAAAAUUCUAGUUUUGUGGGACGCGAGUAUUCAACAAUGUAUUAUAACUCGGUGUAUAAUGGAUCUUCCAUCUUUGACUUAAAACCCUCUGAGAGUCCGGUACAACAUCAUAUUUUUAAUACAAAUCAGGUUAGUUAUUUGCCAACCUCAAAUAUACGAACUAUUAAAAAAAGAAACACUGCAAACAAAAAGGAAAGAAGACGAACACAAAGUAUAAACAAUGCAUUUUCCUAUCUUCGAGAAAAGAUUCCCAACGUUCCCACAGAUACUAAACUCUCAAAGAUAAAAACCCUAAAACUGGCAAUCUUGUACAUCAACUAUUUGGUGAAUGUCCUUGAUGGCGAUCAGGAUCCCAAAGGAGGCUUCCGAGCCGAGCUUAAGCCAUUAAGCAGAAAAUUGUGUAGCGAAAAGAAACAAUGCCUGAAAUCAGAAAUGCAAAAUGUCCCCUUAUCGACUAAAGGCCGUACAGGUUGGCCACAAGAUGUUUGGGCUUCGGAGCUUAUUCCAGAACAAAAUUAAUAUUCCAUACCUAACUAAAUUCUACCAAUGUUUCUUAAUUAAUGAACUAUGUAUAAUAAUCAAUAAAAAUACGAUAAAAU